AUGGUUUUUGAGCUAGAAUUAGUCACCAGUCUCUUGUCGACCAUUUUCUGGGAAUCGUUCAUGAGGUGAAGUAAAUGCAGAAGAGAAUGUGAAACUUGCCGACAAAAUGUAUAUUUUUCCGCUUCUUUUAACUACUGUUACCUUUCUUGGCGGCUCCACGUUGGUAAAAGCGGACAUUGAUGCUGGAAAAACGCCUCCAAUGGAAGAAUGGGUGAAUCCUGGAGACAUGAUUAACUAUGACACUGAUACCAAGGUUAGUUUCGUUUUCAAAAUUUAAAUUUAAUGCACAAUAUUAUUUUGAUACAAGCUAAAGCUAUGGUUGCAAAGCAUAGAUAAAAUUUAGGUCUUCCACAUUCUGCAACGAAAAAUGUAUGUGUACAUUAAGUGAGAGACUAAAAAGAAACAAUUAUCAGUUAAAAAGUUGAUGCCGAUUUUUUGGGGGGAGGGAGGAUGGGGGAGAGGGAGUUGGGGGAGGUUGCGCGGGAAUGGGGGUCUAAGUGGGGAUCCGAAUACAAAUUUCGGCUUAAAAUGCCCAAUCACUGGGCGAUGUUUUGGUUCAAGUUUCCCACCAUUACUUGUUUUUUGGAAUAAUCAUUGUGUCUCGGAAAAGCUUGGCGAGUCAUGAAGUGUAGUAAUACCAAGAGGAAGACUGCCCAGCCCUGUUUGAAAUUAAUGAGCAGCUGGUAUGAAGUGGCAGUACAUCAUAAACUAAACUGAGAAAUUAGUGUGCAGUCUUAGAAUGUGCGGUUAAAAAAGUUAUUUCAGAAGCAGACGAAAAAGACUGCCUUAGAACCUCUUUUAUAUCAUAUAUUUCGACUGUAAAUUAUCUAGAUCAUCAACAUUCUAGUCUGCAUUUUUGAAGUCCAUAUAACCUUCUCCCAGUGCUUACUUCAUAUUUUAAAUGACUCUAAAAUGUAGGUAGUGACAUAAAACAGAAGAUUGAAAAGAAGCUGAAUAAUAUCGUCACCACAAACAAAAGCUAAGAAAAUAAUAGGUUCUGCAACACCAAGAAGCACCCAAAAUGUGGAUUUCUGGGUAUAAUGCUCAAAAUCGAAAAGGCUCUCAUCCAUUCUGUGUAGUUCAAAUUCCUGACACCACAAAAGUUUCAAAAUUCUCAUCAAGGUAACACUAUUCAAUGUCAAUUUAUUUUGUUUUCGACAUUGUUUGAACGUCCCGGUCUUACAGCCAAUAAUUUGUCCGAAGUUUGCUAACAUUUCCAAUCUGGAGCUAUUACAGGUCUUAAAAUUAAUGCUCGCAAACUCACAAAAUGCGAGUGAUUUUGAUAAUCUGCGAGUGAGAAAAAUAUCCACUUGCAGACAUUUGCGAGUUAGAAUCACCCAUGUCUCCCAGACGAAGACAAAGAAUUUGCUAUUGGUCUCGCCAGUUUGCUAGUGGCAAAAAAUCUUACUAGCAAAACUUUGCAAGUGCACUUAAAAGUUAACUUCGAGCCCUGUAUUAAUAUUGAUAGGUAUGUAAGCCCCUAGUAUAUUCUAGUAUUAUUAUACCAGCUAAUUUUCUGAGAACACUUCCAACCCUUAUCCAACCUGGGAAGAAUGGAGAAUCCUGUGUUAUUUUUUAACAGUUGAUUGCAGGCAACACUGCAAAAGCAAUGAAGAUGAAAUCCAUUAGGAAAUUGAGUAAUACUAAUUACUUUAAUUUUUAGUGGAAGAAAACCUUGUACCAGAAUAAUUUAAAGCAUAUUGCAUUCUUUUUCACACUUUUCAAAGGCUAACUCCAAAGAAAUGGUUCUUAUUGGAGCCUGAAAGAACAUACUUUAAAGGCCUCAAAUUUCAUAAAAUGAAGUCUUAUACAUGACGAUUUUACCUGUGUUUUGUCAAUUUCCAUGAAUUUUGAAAUUUUUUUCUUGGGCUCCAGUAGGGAAUCAUCUUUGGUGCUAUUACAGAUAACUAAUUGCAUCUAUAGCCCUUGAAAAGUGUACAAAAGAAUUAAAUAUGGCUUAAAAUAUCCUGGUACAAGGUUUUUGUCCACUGAAAAUAAAAAUUACUCAGUUCCUAAUGGAUUCCAUCUUAAGACUUUUAGGGAUGUCACUAACAGCCAGCUGCCAGGUAAUAGUCUGGCUGAAAAAUGGCUUACCACUGGCUCAGAUUACUCUGAAAGAAAAAGCAAGUGGUAAUUGCGGAGGUAGUUGACUUAAAAAGCCGGCUUGACUAAUAGAAAAAGCUUGCCUAGGUUUUCUUUAGCUACAUCCCUGUUGUUUUUUUUCAAAGAACUACAACGAAGCAACUGGUAUAAAGAUCACAAGGUGUCCCUGCUAAGGACCUAAGACAGCCCCACCCAAUGAGAAAAAACCAGUGGCUCAUAUUAAUAAUAAAUUUGGUUUCAAGGUUAACUUUUCCUAAAUUACAUUUUAGCCACAUUAACUCACUCUUAGGUAGUGGCAUUUUGCAGACUAUUUUGCAUGUUGCUGAAAAUAAUAGCCUAUGAAAGUUUCAACUAAAUCAGUAUGUCUCUGCAUUGUCCAUAAUAGGUUAUAUGUGGCUAAAUUCAAUUUAGGUUAGGUUAAACUCAAGACAAUGUUUUCCAGUGGUCUGCUUCUUUUUCUCAGGGUAGCAGUAAUGGAGCCAAAAGUCAAGACCCAAAAAAAUCCCUAGGGCUUCCAGCAAAACCCAAAAAAAUCCCUAGACCAAAAAUUAACCCCCAAAAAAUCCCAUGCAGAUUUCUGCAGACUAUUGUAUAACACGUGCGAUGUAAAGUGACACCAUAGUUAACUAUUAAACAAAAGCAAAAUGCGUUUGUUUGUACUUUAUUCGCAGAACUACGCAGCCAGGGCACUACCGAUUCUUUUUAAUACCCCAAAAAAUCCCUACUCAAAUCAAGCUACCUAAGCCAAAUUUUCAUACCCAAAAAAAUCCUGGAAUCGAAAAUUUCAAACCCAAAAAAAUGCUUCGAUCAUCCCCAUCACUUGAAAUCCCGAGUACCCCCCCUGGGCUCUGCUAUAGUCACAGAUUUUGCUGACACUUGCAUUCAGUUGCUGGAAGUCUCAUUUUGCUGCUUGCCUUCCAUUUCCCCUGAAUGUGUUUUGGUACAUAUGGGUAGUUAAAUUUUUCUCACUGAGGAUUUAAGUGUGAAGGUGUCUAAGAGUUACCCCUUACAGGGUUGUCAUGGUCAUAUUCCAUGUUCACUUGCUCCAAGACUUUUUAGACACCCUCCCCACACUCAUCCAUAAGAUUGGAUUAAUAUUCAUUCAAAAUAUUUCCCCGAUUCUGAUUGGCUAAAAGCACAUGCAUAAUUCACCAUAACCAGUUACUGAUGACCAAAUUUGGAAGAAUUUUGUGUUUAACGAGGAAGUGACAUCAAAAAUGCAGUGUUCUUGCAGGUUAAGGCACUGUUAACCGAGAAGAUGAGGUUGUGUUGUUUUGGUUGUGAAAACAAAAAAAAAAUGGCGUACAUUUCACUCGUUUCAAGAGUAAGAACUAGGCGAAAUUAUACCUAGAAACAUGGCAAGAACAGCAAGAACACAACUUGAAGGGUGACAUCUGCUAUUUGGAGAACAUUUGCGGAGCUGAAAAACCCUAAACAUGCACUAUCGAAGGUGAACUUAACGUCGAUGGAGGUAAGCAUGUUUUAGCUCUGUUUUUAAACUAGGAAUUAUUUUGAAUGAAUAAUAAAACAAUUAUUGAAUUCGGCUUUUGUAUCAUAUGAAGAAUUAUGGAGAUCUCAGAGGAUAACACCCUCUUCGAUCUCCAUAAUUCUUCAUAAGAUACUCAGCCUCAUUCAUUAAUUAUUGUUAAUUAAUGCUCUUUUGUAUAUGUUGUGGUUCAAUUUUAUCCUUGGUUUAAAUUUUAUUUCCUUUUUGGGGGGGAUGGUAAUAUAUGAUGACGAGUUUGAAACAAAAGAAAAUAAAAUUUAAACCAUGGAUAAAAUUGAAUGACAACAUUUACAUCACCAACAGGUGAAAACUGAUUGUGGUUCGCUGCAAGCACAGCUUUCACAGUGCGAACAAGAUUUGAAAAAAAUGCCAUCAAGUUGCCCAUCAUGUGCUGAGAAAACUGCUGCUAAUGCAUCACCUUCACAGCCUUGUGAUACUCCAUACUUCAAAAAGCUUGCAAGAACCAUCCUUGGACACAUUGAAGAUUACGGCAGUUAUGAAGUAAAGGUGCCUGCUUCAGAAGAUGAUUCUUCAACUCUCGAGAAAUUUGUCUCGUCAGAUAAAGGAAAUGUGCAGGAUGUCUCUGAGGUUAUCACUGGUAUUUUAACAAAUUUCAAAAGCCACGAAGAAGUGUUUGGCUUCAGCAAAUGGGACACAUCAACUUUAAGUUACCUAACCAGAGAAGCAAUCCUUCUUUCUGUGGCUUUUAUUCUUGUAAUAUGUGCUGUUGUUAUUUUUGAGAUGCGUACAAACUUGUCUUGGCGAUCACAACUGUGGCUUGUUCUGUUGGUGAGUUUCAUCGUCAGUAUUCCUUGGGAAUGGUACCGUUUGUACAGAAAAGCAUUUGCCUCCAAGCAAGCUCAAAUGGCAAAGGCAAACGAAAUCCCAAAGGGUUGUCUACCUGAUCAUGAGUUGCGUCCAUGGGAAUCGUUCAAGCUAUGGUUUAGUAGUUCAUUUACAUUUUCAGACGACAUCUGUACCCGAUACCAAGAGACACUACUUGUUGAUCCAUUCUGGGAAGUAUCCCCAUCAAAAGUAAGUAGUUUUGUUUUUUAUUCAGUGCAACAGCUUUCCUUUGUCUACAGCUAUUUUGAGAGAGGUUGUUGGAUAAAGUGCAUGCAACAGUACCAAAAGGUAUUGGGUAUUCUUCAAAGAGAUUUGAAAGAAUGGCAUGAGAGGCCAUGGACGUGUGUUUGCAAAUACUAAAGGAAAGCAACAAAAGAAAGUUCAACAGCUACAGUAUCAGUGUAUUGAUUAUCUCCCACAUUACCUUUCUAGAUUGUUGCAUGCACAUUUUUUCCGACUUAACCUUCCUUUAAAUAGCUGUUUUACUGUCUUCCCAAACAAAAGAUAAGCAAUUCUUCAAAAAAGCAGUAAUGUCGAAAGUUAC